UUGCGCUUGCGUCGGUCCUGCUGCGAACGAUGGAUCGGCGGAGGAGCGUCAUCGUGUCCCGCCCACGCUCCCCCUCGCAAACACUGAAACUUUGCAAAACACCACCAAGCCAUUCACCAUGUCUGCCUCGCCACCCCCCGAGGAGAAGAACAAGGCCGACGCCGAGGCGCGCGCAAAGGAGCUGGCCGAGCAGGCGGCGCUGCCCUACAAAUGGGACCAGACCAUCAAGGACCUCGACAUUACAAUCACCAUUGAUGCCAAGUACAAGGGAAAGGACCUGGUCGUCGACAUCGGCCGCAACAAGCUCAAGGCCGGCAUCAAGGGCCAGGAGCCCUUCAUUGACGGCGAGCUGCCUCAUCCCAUCCGCGUCGACGACUCCACCUGGACACUGGCCUCGGUCGGGUCGCAGAAGGAAAUCUCUAUCCACCUCGACAAGGUGAACCAGCUCGAGUGGUGGGCACACGUAGUCACAACCGCGCCAAAGAUCGACACGUCCAAGAUCCAGCCCGAGAACAGCAAACUAGGCGACCUCGACGGAGAGACACGGGGUAUGGUAGAGAAGAUGAUGUUUGACCAGAGGCAGAAGGAGGCAGGAAAGCCGACAAGUGACGAGCAGAAGAAGGCGGAUAUCUUGGAGCAGUUCAAGAAGCAGCAUCCUGAGAUGGAUUUCUCCAAUGCGAAGAUGGGUUGAUGAGGCGACGGUACAUGAGGUACGCCGCUACAGAAAAGCAAAGGGAAAUAGACUCCGGAGCUGAAAGCCUAUACACGAAAGAAGAGGAUGGCGCAAGCGACUCUUCAGCGGAUCUGGAGAUCGCAUCGUCAACCAGAUUGGCGAAAGAAGAUACCAGAUGGUUUGCACCGACUUUAGCUCCGUCGAUGUGACUAAUCAAAGCUUCGUUGUGUUUACUUCUGAAGGUAUGCACCGUGUUAUUCUUCGUCAACACAUGAAUGUAGAACACUACGAGUGGCGAUGGGCAGAAGGAAGUACCAAGACUGGUACCGUCAAGUUGAUAUUAUAGCGUGCAGGAAACAGGGAGCAUCUGAUCGUUUGAGAGGCCAAACAACAGUUUUCCCCCUGUCAA